AUGGCGUCGACUGGGCCCUUUCCGGGCGCGCCCAUCAACACAGAUCCCGUCAACACACAGGCCAACUCGAUGACGGAACCAGUCACGUCUCCGAGCACAGCGUCCACAGUACCACCCGGACACGGACAGGGACAAGGUCCAUCCAGUCUACCCCAAGGACCAGGACCGACCAUUCAAGUACAAGGCCCCUCCAGUCAAGCGCCUCCCUCCUCAAUCACAAGCCUGCCAGGACCACUUUCAACUGGUCCCAGAUCAACAGCCGCGCCGGAUGACGCCAGGGCUGCUUCAUCGGCAUCCAACCCGACAGACCGACCGCCCGGGUCCGUGGACCCGUCGACAUCGGCCACAUCGACGUCUGGCACUGCAACCACCACCACAGCUACCAGCACAAAGACAUCGGCCGGUGCCUCGACGUCAACCACUACGACGACGACGACAGUACCGGCAAGGGUGAUGUCCCCGGUUCCGACGCAGCAAAUGCUCAAGGAUACGUUCACGCGAUGCAAUAACUGUGAGUUGGGGAGGAAAAACUUUGGAUUGAAUAAAAAAGUUGUCUUCCUGAUAAUCAACUCGAUUGCGAUGCGAUACACUCACAGGCUAACCGUUUGCCUGUGCUAAAGAUCGAUAUUUCGUCGACGUCUAAUUAACGGACAGUACUUUCAGGUCUAUUUCUUGUGCGAAAGCUUCGGAACAAGCAGAACACGCUGACCGACGUAUUUCUGAAGAAUGACGUGCCUGUGCAUUCGGAGGAUUGCGGAAAAAUCGAGCAGCUUCAUAUGUUCACCACAGUCAUGCAGGAAAUGAACAUUAUUUUUGAGUUAGUUUGCAUUCUCGUAAAAACGUUGUAAAAACUGACCUGUGUACAAUUUCAGCAAACUGGAUCAAUCCUCAAAACGUCUGCCCAAAGUCGUGCCGGCGAUCGAUAAUCUCAACAAUAUGCGAACACUGUACAUGCAGGAGCACACGAUGAAUCACACGAACAUGAGUUGUCUUGUCGAUAAGAUGAUUGACAGGGGCAACUGGAACGAGGGAAAUUAUGUGAGUUGCAAUCAAAAAUGGUUUGAGAAUCGAGGAGCCGUUUUUCAGCAAGGAUUCUACUAUCUGGCGGAACUGCUUCGGAUCACCGAGAACAAGCGAAAACAAUUUGAGAACAACACGCGAAAAACUCUUCCGCCGGUCCGUCUGCAAUGCGUCAUCAGCCACGGCCACAUUCAAUUCGAGACCGCCUACAACGCAAUGAGAAGAGAGAUCACGAAACAGAAUCUGGGCAUCUACGCAAAGACGAUCCACCGCACCAUGUGCAGUCUCGUCGUCGAGGUGGGGAAACGAAACGCUCGAAAAUUUGGCAGGAAAACAAUUGAUAAUCGUUUCAGUUUCGGUUUGGAAGCGCGGGGCGGAUGACUCACGAGGAGGAUGUGAUAAUUGUGAUGAAAUUUCUGCUUGUCGAGAAGGGCGGUCGUAUUGAUUACAUCAAUAUGAUUGCACCGCACGAAGAUUGGACCAUCAGGAACGAUUUUGGAAAGAAAUUGGUGAGUUGGAAGGAAGCGUGUGAAGUAUUGUGAAAUCUCAAAAAUGUGUAUCACGAAGCUUUACCCUGAGAAAAUGGGCACGUGUGUUUUUGAGAAGACUGCGGCAAGCAACACCACGCGAAAAAGCAAAACAAGCGCUAGUUAGUAUGUAGUAAUUAGAGGGUUGAUAUUCUCAAAAAAUAUGUACAUACAUACAAGGCGCAAACCGAUUUUUUUUUGCAGAUUGACGUACUCGCCCCAUCCCGAUGCGAAAUCUACAAACGUCUGACGAAACAAGCCAACCAUCACUUGAACGCGUUCUUUGGCAACAGCCCCCCUCGAUGGUCGGCCAGCAAUCUCCUACAGUUCGUCUCGUUGUUUGGCAAGUUCCGAGAAGUGCAAUCGACAAAGUGUCGGGCAUGCCAGUGAGUUUAGCGUUUUGAAACUGUCCCGAAAUGUAUUGGUUUUUCAGUAAAAUCCUCAAGGACUUCCUGCCACCGAUGAUCUUCGAUAUUCGCACCCCGAACGUGGCUUUCCACGAGACUUGCCGAUUGAUAUAG